AUGUCAUCAAUGACGGUUAUAUGCGCAAAUGAAGAAUUGCCAAGCACUUUUACAUCAAAUACUAUUCAAUGUAAUCGCGAUGAAGUUUGUGUUGAUUAUUUUGAUACAGAGAACUCUGCACAAGCACAGUGUGCUGUCUCGUACACGAAAUGGGACAAUAAAUAUCUUCUGUUUCCCUGUUCAAGUGGUACUUCAUACGGAGGAGAAGACAUAGCAGUCGGAGCGACAACAUAUGAUGUGGAACCGAUACAAGUAGAUCAAUUUGGUAUAUAUCUGAAUGAUCAAGAAAUUGCAAUUACCACGAAUCUACAUAAUGUAAGCACAAUAGUCCGGGGUUAUAAAAAUGGAGAUGGAAAUUUUUCAUCAUGUUUUAAAUUUAGAGUUAUUACCGAUACUCAUCCUAUUAUUAAAUUAAAUCAAGUCCACGUUAAUGCCGUGACGCAAGGUUAUGUUCCUAGAAAUAUUGAUAUAGAGCGUUCGCCUAAAAAUAUUUUGGUCAGUUCUUUUCUUGGAGGAAGAAGCCACCUUAAACCAAUAUUAGAUGUCGCUACUGUUUUGAUUGAAAGACCACAACAUGACGAUGAUUAUAGAGUAUUGGUACAUCUUAUGAGAUUAGCUACGGAAGCCUACAACGUAACUUAUGAAAAAUUUAAGAAUGCUACUAAAGAAAAUAAUAUUGAUUUAUUCAUUUGA